AGCAACUCCAGCAGCAACUCUUAUAAGAGGACCCGAUCCGGUUGAGGUCUCAGUUGUGUUGUGGAUCCAGGUGUGUGAGGAGGGAACAUGUGGGGCCAUACGCAGGUGUCUCUGUUGUUGGUGGCUCUUGUUGUGUUGGCCACAGUGGCAAACACAAAGAAACCGAUAAACAUACUGGACCUGCCGGCAGGGUCUUCCUGCACAGCUCACACAGGCGGCCCCGGAACCUGUCUUAAUAUUCGCAAGUGUCCAUUUGUUGGUCAGACGUACCGCCUUAACAUGCCAGUCAUAUGUGGGUACAGCGGCGUCUUCCCCAUUGUCUGUUGCCUUUCAACUGGAGGAGACAACACAGCGGCCAUCGGGGACAUCUCUCCACCUGCCGUCAACUUCCAAUGUGGAACAAACCCUCAGAGAACUUUUAGCUUGUUACUCGAGAGUCCUGAUGAGGAGUUCAUCUUGAGGCCUGACGCUACUACCAACAGUCGCCGCAGGAAGCCUAAGAUCCCCAAAGGACCCAAGGCUAAGGGACAUCGCCCUGGGAUUCCCGAGUCCGCUUUUAAUGAUCCGUCGGCGCGUGUGGAACGUCCACUUUCUUCAGCAAAGCGCAAACAAGGUGGAUCGGCCGCAGAAGCGCAAACAGGGACUUUAGGUGAUUUUGUUCCCCGCGUAGUUGGUGGAGUAAUAGCCGAAAAGAACGCCUGGCCAUGGAUGGGACUGCUCGGGGACACCAAUGAACAGGGCAAGAUCAUGUGGUUCUGCGCAGGAGCGCUCAUCAACGAGCAGUGGGUCCUUACCGCUCUUCAUUGUUUCUUGACCACGAAAGCGACAGUGGUGCGCCUGGGUGAACAUGACUACAAUGAUGAAGGAGACGGAGCCGCUCAUGAAGACUUCGGUGUGGCAGAGACCAUCUUGCAUCCUGACUACGUGCACCCCCAGGGCUACCACGACCUAGCUCUUCUCAAGCUAAACCGUAGAGUGAUAUUGAAGCCAUUUAUCAACCCGGUGUGUCUACCGUGGGGGCAGGAGAGCAUCAACGACCUGACUGGCACGAAGGCUACUCUUACUGGCUGGGGUGCGACUCAGUUUGCUGGUGAGCCAAGCUCGGUGCUGCAGGAGGUGGAGAUAACAGUAUUCCCAUCCUCAGACUGUGACAAGAGUUACUCUACUCUUGACGAUUAUCUCAAAGAGUUCCCAAGAGGCAUCGGGAAGGAGACCGUGUGUGCUGGAGACCGAGUAGGAGGAAGAGACGCCUGCCAGAGAGACUCUGGUGGCCCCUUGGUGUCGAGGAACUCAGCUGGGCUAUACACCAUGGCAGGCGUCGUGUCUCGUGGGGUUGGCUGUGGCCUCAAAGACUUCCCCGGCCUGUACGCCAACAUCCGUGAGGAGCAGUACCUCGCCUGGGUCAAGAAGACUGCCUUCUAAGAACACCUUCCUCCUUCACAAGACUUUUAAAAGACUUUCUGACCAAAUCUGGAAUCCAUUGAUAAAUAUAGACCUAUAGUUGCAUAUAAGUUCAUCUCCUUGAAUUGGUUAAAUGUUAUUUGAGUACUGAACAGGUGUGACCAUUAUUAUAUGACUCUGUUAUUAAAGGUUUAUGAGUCACAAGCAUAGUUGACAAGGUUUAUGAUACAUAACUAAUGGGUGAAGUGUGUCACUGUCCAGAGAACACCGUUUACCACGCCCAGUUAUAAACAAGUUAUGUGUUCACCCUGACCUUGUUAUAUGAAGAACAAACAAGUUCAAUAUCAAGUUAUGAAGUUCUUACUGAGAAAUUUUACUGACAACUGAAAUAAAUCAUUGUUAGACCAAUAAAUUAUUACACAUGAUAAUUGUUAUAUGAUCCAUUAAGUUAUUUUAUGCUAUCAUUUUAGAAUAAAUAUUGAUCACCUGA